AUGGCUGGCCGUAGCCCAGGUAAGAUCAGACGGCGAGGAGCUAGAUAAAAGGCGCUCUGGUCUUGAAUGGUACACAAAGCUAGGCUUAAUCAAAAACACAUGGAAGCCUUUUUGUGUGCUUAUUUAGGGUCUGGGAUAAACUCCCUUACAACGUCAGUGCAAAGACCCAUAACACCACGUUGUGAUAUGAUAAUAUGAUGAGGGUACUCUCUUUGUUUUUAAAAUAAAUUAACAAAAUAAGUAGUUCUGGUUUAUCCCCUGGAUUUCUAGUGUUUGCAGUUUUUUUAAAAAAGGAAAACCCAAACAGGAGGUGGUCUAUAAAUCAGUUGUGGGAAAUGGCUGGGAACAGGUAUCAGGCAGAGGUUUUGCCUUGAGGUUCACUGAGUUGCGCAGGGCUCCACCCUGUGAGAAACACCCCCUGCCAACUGCAACUCACCUGGAUCAUCAGGUUUUAUGGCUCUGCAUUCUUUACAGCGCAAUUCUGAAGGUGACUGUCCAAGAGGGAAAUCAGUGGACCUUAAACUCUGGGUCAGCUUGCUGAUAAAAGCGGCAGGAGGCUGGGAAAGUUGCAAAAGCCCUUCCCUGACUGGAGAAGUCUUUCUUAAGUUGUGCCACUGCUGAGGCUGCCCAUUCUCCCACCUCAGCACCCCCGAGUAAAUGAGCAGAAAUCUUGAAAAGGAGAGAACACGGCAGGAACAUUUGGAAAGGUAAGAUCUUCAGAGAGAAGCACCCAGAUGCUUAGUAGAAGAAACUCAGCAAAACGGUUACUCAGUGACCCAUGAGAGGAACGGGACUUGCUAAUAUAUAACUUGUGACAUGCAGCUACCAGAAAGGUUUGUUUGCUUUGAUAUGGACAGCCUGGAUGAGAGGUGGGUGAAUGUUCAGCUAAAAGAGAAACUGGUUAGAUUAGUCCUCACAUAAAAUGGGUCUUGUAUCAUUUAGAAAACUAGCAGGUAUAUACAAGGGAUAAUCAGGCUCCAUACGGACUUGCACGGUGAAUUUGCAAGAGGAACUAUUUUGCUUUCAGUGUGGAUAAUUUCUGUCAGGCAUUAGGACAGCAUUUCCACAACCAAAGCUGUUGCAAACUACAAAUCUCAACUAGGCUAUUAGUAUCUGGGGUAGCACUCCUAAGGACUGCCAUUCCACUGAAUUCAAUAACAUUUCCUUUGGGGCAAAUAAAUAGCCAUAGGAUCAAACAGCUAAAGACUGAGGGCCCUUCCUGGUAACCUGUUCAUUGAGAUUUGUUUGCAGGGAGAUUAGAUGAUGUUGGCUGUGUACUGAGGAUUCAUUUGCAUUUGUUGUGGGCAGGUUAGAGGACAUGGCAUCAAGGAAGUGUCUUGCACUUUAUUGUGCAUUUUCCUGUCACUUUCUUUAUCACAAAACUUUUUUUGGGGGGCGGAGAGGGUCUGUUGUGCAAGGAUCCCACUGGACAGCCCUCUCAGCUACAGUUCAGGAAGUUCUCACUUAAAUCUCCCCUAUGACCUGAACUCAGUUAACCCAACUUCCUGUUUGCAAUAUGGGAGGCAAUGCGACCACGGUCCUUUUUAAAGCUUGUAACAAGAUAUAUGCUUCAAACAUGUAAUAAAUGCUAAGCAGUAUAGUUACUAAAUAGGACAGUUUUACCACUUUGGGGAUUGGCCCAGGGUUAGCCUGGGAUAAAUAAUGCCUCCCACUCCCCUGUCAUUGUUGCACGUUGGCAAGUUGUGUGGCUUGUGCAGGAUUGCAAUCCUGGCAGUGCAACAGGUUGUGCUCCUCCCAGGCUUCCCCAGCCGCCUCCUUGCAAUGGGCCCAGAGCUACCUUUCCUUACUCCCUUGCUUUGCUCUCCUCCUCCAGUGCUGGGGUGCCACUGAGGUGUCCCAGGCUGCAGCUGCUUCUUGGGUCAUGUUCUCCAGGCCUUCCCCUCUAUCCUGCUUUCAGGCUAGCUCCUCUCUUCUCCUUUUGUAGCUGAGGGGGUUGCUGGAAGGGGAAGACCCAGCAGAAACGUUGACUCGGUGGUCCUUCCUCUUGGGAGCUGGAUGAGCAGAAGCAGGAGAAAGAAGACUCACGCUAGCACAUGGCUGGGCCCUGGCAAGGCUCUCCUUACCUUCUGACCGGGUGGAUUUCCUCAGCCCCAAGACCUCUAUUUUACUACCAGUCUCUUCACCUCAGACCUGCAGCAAUAGCCUCAACUUUUUUGGCUCAACCUCUUGAUUUUCCACUGCUGAGUUGUGUGGACUACGCAAAGUUCCCAGGAAUUCUGUUUGCAGAAUGUUUCUAAGAAAUGUGUGAAUAUGUGGGCAGGAAGAGAAGGAAUGAUUGCUUCAUCUUGAUGGAAAGAGAAUGAUGAGCUCACUAUGAUGUGCACAUCCUAGCAGGAUGGAAGUUGUUCAUUCUCCUUAUAUUGAUGGGCCCCCUCAGUCACCUGGCAGUGACAACAGCACACCAAUCAUAUCGGGGAGCUGCUAUUUUAAUUUCCCACAGCAUAGUGCCACUCUGAGCAUUGAGGAAAUUAAAAUAGCAGCUUGGAGGCACCGUGGGGGGUGGGCCCCCCUGGAUCCCUGGGGUGCCAAGUGCUGGUGCUGGACCUGCUACUCCUCAGGCUCAAAUUUCAGCAAGAUUACAUCCUAUUAAGUAUUGCUGUGUUAGAAACUUGGAGGCUAGCUUAAGCUCCAGGAGAAGUGACCCUCUGAAACAUUCGGAAUGGAGAUUGAACAAUUCCUCAAAAAAAUAAAAUAAAUACUUUGUAUGAUAAAAUUGACCUUUUAUCUCUUCUGCACCUUCCUGUAAAGGCAUGUGUCCAACUGCUGAAGUGGAGUGGAGGUGGCCAAGUUCAGGUGCAUUAAAAAGGGAUGCAGGUAGCGCUGUGGUCUAAUCUACUGAGCCUCUUGGGCUUGCCGAUUGGAAAGUCGGUGAUUUGAAUCCCCGCGAUGGGGUGAGCUCCCAUUGCUCUGUCCCAGCUCCUGCCAACCAAGCAGUUCGAAAGCACACCAGCGCGAGUAGAUAAAUAGGUACUGCUGUGGCAGGAAGGUAAAUGGCUUCAUGCUGAAGGUUCGAUUACUUUCAGGUGUGGAAUUAACAUUAUGUGGCUCUUGAAAAGAGACUAUUUCUGCAGUCUGAAGCAGUGAGUGGGCAUAUGUGAGAAAAGUGAUCCUUCAGGUGAACUUGUUGAAGCUGAAGAAAGAGACCCUUAUUGUCACCUUCACUCACAAAAGCGGGGGGGGGGGCACUGAGCAGUGUCCGGGCACAAGUGAAAAGAAUAACCUGUGCUGUUAUUUGCAGCAUUUGGGAAUAAGUGUGAUAUCCCAGAAAAACGUGAUUCCCCUUCAGUAGCAGCUGCCACCAUCUGCCUCUCCAUUGUAGCCCCUGAGAUUUAGCAGCUUUUCAGAGCCAUGUCAGUUUUUUGCUUCUUCUAUUCUUGCCCCGUGAUCUGUGGACAUUCACCCUCCCCAACCCAUUCUCUAGUCCCUGGGUCCCCACUCAAGUCUCUCAGCUUCCUCAAGAGAUGCUUCACUCUGUCCAGGUCAGAGGUAUUUUCUUCCACAAGGACAGCAAGGCAAGGCAAGUGGAUGAGCUAGUGGCACUGAUCCUCUGGGCUCAUCCGAGGUCACACACCGUUGGCAGUGGAGGUACAAGGACACUAGCACCCCCUUGAUAGCACUCACUUUAGCAGCUGUCACUAUCUAAGUGCUUUGAACAGGCAAGUAAAUAGACACUCAAUGAAAAAGCCCCCAAACCAAGCUGGAACAUAACCGGGGGUGGGGGGUACUUUAUUCAGCCAAGUAGGCAUGAGAGGCGAGGAAGCUGUGCAUGAACUCCAGGAAGAAAAUCACAUUGAUCAAAAAGUAAGAUAAAAAUGUAUUUAAGGAAAUCAUAGUUUACAUGGCAUUUUAAAAGUAACACCAUACUUUGGAUCAUUAUGUUAUUUGAUCAGGAGAUACUUAAUGUCAUCGGUUGCAUGAAUAGGCCUUUUCUUUACUCCAUCCUCAUGGUGCCUCUCAGUGUUGGGAUAUUCCAUUCCACCUUAAGAACAGACGUGUGGAUUGUUGUGUGUCACAUGUCUGUUUACACUCCAGCACAGCUUGCUGGGAAUUUCCGUUUGUGUAUAGCUUUUGCUUUUGCUGUCUUGCUUUGGACAUGAAGGAGAUCAGACAUGUUCCCUUUUGUCCUGAUGUAUGCUGAAUAAACUGCUUGUAAAUAUGCUCACACAGCCACUUCUGUUGCGUAGCAUUUACCAUAUUUUUCGCUCUAUAGGACGCACUUUUUCCCCUUCAAAAAUGAAGGGGAAAUGUGUGUGUGUCCUAUGGAGCGAAGACGCCAUAGCCCCGCGACCCUCUCCUGGCUGGAGAGGUGACGCGCGGCUAUGGCAGCAGCCUCUCCGCUGCGCCUUUCCACUGCUCCCUGACCUGCUCUUUGGGGCUGGUGGUGGGCUUCCCCCCGCCAGCCCCAAAGAGCAGGUCGAAAGGAACCUGAAGCCUGGAGAGCAAGAGGGGUCAGUGUGCACCGACCCCUCUCACUCUCCAGGCUUCCAAGGUAGCCGCCUGAACGCACCUAAACGGCACCUUGUUUUAGAGCGGGAAAACAAGAGGGGGAAAGUUCUCCCUCUCUCUGCGCAACGCCUCCUGCCACUUCGCUGAAGGGGUGCUGGGCAGAGAGGGGGAGAAUUUUUUUUCUUGUUCUCCCCCCUCUAAAACAAGGUGCGUCCUAUUGUCCGGUGCGUCCUAUGGUGCGAAAAAUACGGUACUCUGCAGAGUAGCCACUUCUGUUGUGUAGCAUUGACUCUGCAGAGUAGCCACUUCUGUUGUGUAGCAUUUACUCUGCAGAGUAGCCACUUCUGUUGUGUAGAGUUGACUCUGCAGAGUAGCCACUUCUGUUGUGUAGCAUUUAUUCUGCAGAGUAGCCACUUCUGUUGUGUACCGUUGACUCUGCAGAGUAGCCACUUCUGUUGUGUAGCAUUGACUCUGCAGAGUAGCCACUUCUGUUGUGUAGCAUUUAUUCUGCAGAGUAGCCACUUCUGUUGUGUAGCAUUUAUUCUGCAGAGUAGCCACUUCUGUUGUGUAGCGUUGACUCUGCAGAGUAGCCACUUCUGUUGUGUAGCGUUGACUCUGCAGAGUAGCCACUUCUGUUGUGUAGCGUUGACUCUGCAGAGUAGCCACUUCUGUUGUGUAGCGUUGACUCUGCAGAGUAGCCACUUCUGUUGUGUAGCGUUGACUCUGCAGAGUAGCCACUUCUGUUGUGUAGCGUUGACUCUGCAGAGUAGCCACUUCUGUUGUGUAGCGUUUAUUCUGCAGAGUAGCCGCUUCUGUUGUGUAGCGUUGACUCUGCAGAGUAGCCACUUCUGUUGUGUAGCGUUGACUCUGCAGAGUAGCCACUUCUGUUGUGUAGCGUUGACUCUGCAGAGUAGCCACUUCUAUUGUGUAGCGUUGACUCUGCAGAGUAGCCACUUCUGUUGUGUAGCGUUGACUCUGCAGAGUAGCCACUUCUGUUGUGUAGCGUUGACUCUGCAGAGUAGCCACUUCUGUUGUGUAGCGUUGACUCUGCAGAGUAGCCACUUCUGUUGUGUAGCGUUGACUCUGCAGAGUAGCCACUUCUGUUGUGUAGCGUUGACUCUGCAGAGUAGCCACUUCUGUUGUGUAGCGUUUAUUCUGCAGAGUAGCCACUUCUGUUGUGUAGCGUUUAUUCUGCAGAGUAGCCACUUCUGUUGUGUAGCGUUGACUCUGCAGAGUAGCGUGCCCUAGGUUCUGAAGCUCAGUCGCAGAUGCUGCACCAAGGACUUCAGUCCGGUGGGCUGAAGCCAGCUGGGGGUCUGCCAGUUGCCCCCGUUUCCUUGGUUGCAUGCCAACACUCAGAACAAAGAGGUGUGAGGUGUGCCCACAUGUGGAAAACUUAAUUGUGGAAUAUAAAAAACUCCAUGCAUUUUGAUAAUGCAUUCUUCAGAGGCAGAAAAUACACCUGAAAGGAACUACAGUGGUACCUCGGGUUACAGACGCUUCAGGUUACAGACUCCGAUAACCCAGAAAUAGUUCCUCGGGUUAAGAACUUUGCUUCAGGAUGAGAACAGAAAUCGCACAGCGGUGGCAGCGGGAGGCCCCAUUAGCUAAAGUGGUACCUCAGGUUAAGAACAGUUUGAGGUUAAGAACAGACCUCCAGAACGAAUUAAGUUCUUAACCCGAGGUACCACUGUACUUGGUGCAAAGGUUGAGAAAUGUCAUUAUCCAACAGCAAAGUCUUCCAUUUACUGCAGCCUAGUUGUGAGGCUUCGUCUCCUCUUUCUCUCAGUUCCAGAGCCUCUAUUGCUGCCAGAUCAUUCCCUUUCCUUUCCCUUUUUCUCUCCAGGACAUGGCUCAGAGAAGGGUGCAGAACAAGGAGGCCACACCCUACCUUUAUGUCCCCUCCCUAAAAGAUUCUUACAUUUUCAAAGUGGUUCUUCUGGGAAGCACAGCUGUAGGAAAGUCAAGCCUAGCCUAUCGUUAUGUGAAGAAGGACUUCCGGGACUCUCUGCCUACCGUGGGCUGUAAGUGAAUGGUGCUGAGUAGGACCCUAACGACAUGCUACAAAUUACUCAGAAUAAGGCCAAGGAUGCAAGUCAUGAACAUUUGGCUGAGGAACUGCUUUGGCACAGCCUCAGCUAUUUUUAUUAUGAAAUAUUGUCUCCAUGGCAACCAUGCACAGAACACCCUAGAGGGAUGGAGCACUAUCUCUUUCCUUGCAACUGUAGUGACAGAGUGACACCCAGUGAUAAAAGCAACACAGUGCACAACUUGAACAUCAUCAUGUGAUGGGGGGGCAUGGCUAAUUGACAUCUAUCCACCCCCCCCCCAGCUGCUGAAGUGCAGCGGCUGAGGAGGUGAAGAACGUGGCCAGAAGACACGGAAAAACCUAUUGGUGUGUCUGUGUAUUUGUAGACGCUGUGGCGUUCACACAGGGUCUCUGGACGUUUCACCGUCUAUUGAUCCCUGUGCCACCACUUUAUUUCUCACUGCCACCCCCCACCCCCCCAGGCCCUACCUGGUAAAUGCUGAGUCAAGUCAGGGUUAAAUUGGAACAUAAACUUCUGUUUAUUUAUUGCAGUUUAACAAGCGUGUGGUUUCAUAAACGGUAUCGGCCAAUUACAAUCAUGGGGUGCCUAUCCAGACCUAUAACUUCCGCUACCUGCUCUCACUCACUAAACCACCUCUCAGAUAUUUACUUGUCUUCCUAGCUCCUAACUGUUCCUGACUCGGCUUAUUUGGCUACACUAACUCAACCUGCCCACAGACUAUCCCAAUUCACUCCCACUCCAACCAGCCACCCAACUCCUAACGAACUCUCCCCUUCGCCCCUCCCAGAGCUGGUUUUAUAGUCCCUCUGACUCCACCCCCUGGGUUCUGAUUGGGUAACCUGUUUAACUAUUUCACCUCCAGCACUCUCAUAUGUUAAUGUCACAUACGCAAGCAAUUUUGAAAGUGGGACCACUUGGGCCCCCUCCCUGCAAGGCGUCAUGAGGACAUUGAGAGCGGCCCAGAGUUGCCCUUCCCAGUAUUUAUCAGCCAAUUGCUAGGAAAUGAAGUGGACGUGGAAGUGAUUGUGGCAGAGUUCACAUGCUUUCAAAAUAGUCCAGGGUUAAAGAAGCAAUAGACAGAGGCUGAGGGAAGCAUUGCAGGGGGUUGAACUAGAUGACACUCACGGUCACUUCCAACUUCACAACUCUGAGAUUCUAGGUGCAAGGAAGCAACAAACUAGGAAGGGCUGUUGAGGAAGGAGACUUGGGAAAGUGGCUUACAUGCAGGAAUGGGAAACAGCAGUGCCAGAAGCACUGAGCAGACUCAUUCAUUGGGAAGGGCAACAUCAUAGUGACUUUGGUUCUCAGCUAUGUGAUGGCUUGAUAUACUGAUAUAAAAAUUGAUUUCUGCACUCUUGUGCACCUUGGGAAUGCAGGUGACAGACAGCAUGUUCUACAAUUAAAGUCACCUGUAAUAUGAAUGGAUGCAUAGUCUAUUACCACUUCAUUUUUAACAGGGAUGGCUUCCCCAACCUGGUGCCUUCCAGAUGGACUACAUGCAAUUCCCAUCAUCCCUGGCGAUUGGCCAGUGGACAGGGCCCUCUGCAUCUGGCCGGCACCAGGAAGGUUCCCCAACAAGCAUGGCACACCUUGUUAUUUUAAAAGAAAGCAAUGCCUGGGCAGGUGCAGAACCUUACUUGCACAUCAAAGUUCCAUAUUUUGACUUUUGAGUAGAAAAAGAUUAAUAUAGAACAUUACUGAAGCUGCUUUGUGAGUCUGGAAGUUGAUAGAAGUGCAAAUCAGUUGAUCACAUUUAUUUGGAUAUGAGAAAAAAACCAAUAGACCUGAACAUUGUUUUCCAUUGAUGUACACAUGGCUGAAGCAGUUCUCAUCCUGAAAGAGGCAAUCCCUGCACUCUCUCUCACACUGAUAGCGUUAUGACUUUAUUUAUAGCUUUAUUUAUUAAUUGGCUAAGCGGUUGACUCAUAAAAAUUCAUAUCUAUAUAGCCUGACCAAAUGUUCCAAGAGGCUUGGUUAGCAAGCUGCCCUGAGCCAAGCCUUGGUCUAGGGCACUCGUGCCAGUGGGCAGGGUCCUGGCCUUUGCUGCCCUCCUCCCUCUUGCUGUGCUGCCACCAUUAAGCCAUGUUUUGGCUUAGCAUGUCAUUCAACCCUGGGCUUGCAGCUUGUCUCACUCCAGCCAAACAAUAACUUGUCUAGUAACUGAGGGUUGUUCUUAGGUUUACUCUGCACAGUUUGUCUGGAGCAAAACAAGCCAAGAGUCUGGGCUCAGACAACAUCUCAAGCCAAGCAAGACUUUGCUCAUGGCAGUUCAGCAACGGGAGGACCAGGGGAGGAACACAGCAGCUGUGAUCUCCUUUCUUAGAGCCCUCACACUUGUGCAUUUGUGCAAAGCCAUGGUUUGGUUUACGGCCAGUAAGGCCAUCUAGUUAACAAAAAUCUAAUCUCCAUUGUGUCUGCAGCUUCUACUGGAAAGUGAUUCAUUUCUCUUUUGCUUUUAGGUUCCUUCUUCACGCAGGUUCUAAGUUUGGAUAACACCACAAUUAAGCUUGAAAUCUGGGACACUGCAGGCCAAGAGAAGUACCAUAGUGUCUGCCAUCUCUAUUACAGAGCAGCGAAUGCUGCCGUUCUGGUUUAUGAUAUAACGAGGAAGGUAAGGCAGGAAUGCUCUGCGUAGGCCUUCCCUUCCCUUUUCCCAUUUCACCAUUUCUGAAUGUGUAAUUUGGCAUAAUUUCCAAAUGGUGCUUUAUUUUCCAAGGAGAAGUUGUCAUAUUUUUCUAUAUUUGUAUGAAAAGGUUGCUCUGGUGCAUUUUUGUACCUUCAAGUCCUGGAAAACCUUUUUAAAAGUGGCUUAAACCAGGACAAUUUGGGUACAUGUUGGAACAAUCACAAUAUCAACAGAGUAAAUCAAAAUCUCCUAGAAAAGUCAACCAGGCUGAUGUUGUCACACGCAAUAACGUAUGAAUCAGACACGAAAGUGUUACUGACAAAGAAAACAUCUUAAAAUGAAGGAUGUCAAACUUGCUGAAUAUGAUGACAUUGUGGAGAAUUAUGAAUUUUUAUGCAAAGUAAGGCUGUGACCUCUGAUGGUCUUUGCCCUUCAGUUCUGCUCCAGGAGCCCUCUCAAAUGAACAGCUUUCAUUACCAAAAAAUUGUCUCAAGUAGCCCUUUAGCUUGUGGAGAUGUAUGGAAGAGGCUGCUAGCAGUAUGGAAAUGUUCACAGAAUCAUAGCCUGGGGAGAGCAUUCCACAAAUGGGGAGCCACUGCAGAGAAGGCCCAUUCCUGUGUUGCCAUCUUCUGGACCUCUUAUGGGGGAGGCACACGACGAAAGGCCCCAGAUGAUGAUUGCAAAGUCCAGGUCAGUUUAUAUAGGGAGAGACUGCCCUUGAGGAAUUGCAGCUGUGAGCCCCUUAAGGCUUUAUAGGUCAAAACCAGCACUUUGAAUUGGACCCAGAAGCUAACUGGCAGCUAGUGCAGUUGAGCCAAACCUUCUUGCCCCAGUGAGCAACCUGGCCGUUGAAUUCUGCACUAGCUGGAGUUUCUGCACAGUCUUCAAGGGCAGCCCUCCGCAUGACGCAGUAAUCUAACCUUGAGGUUACCAGAGCAUAGACAACAGUAGUUAGGCUAUCCCUGUCCAGAUAGGGGCAUAGCUGGGCCACCAGCUGAAGCUGAUGGAAGGCACUCAGUACCACUGAGGCCACCUGAGCCUCAAGCGACAGCAAAGAAUCCAGGAGGACCCCCAAGCUACAUAGUUGCUCCUUCAGAGGGAGUAUAACCCCAUCCUUCAUUACUAAGCACAUUUCUUAAUGUUGUUUGGUUGCACAUGACACAUUUCGCACACUAAUACAGAACCUAAUUUCUCUUAAGAAAUUAUAGCUCCAUUAUUGCUUGUAUAUCAGUUAUUUACAUAUAAGUUGUCUUUUCAGGAAAGUUUGGAGAAAGCAAAAGUGUGGCUGGCAGAACUGGAGAAGGAAUUCCUUCCUGAUGAAAUAAUUAUAGCUUUGGUUGGCAAUAAAGUGGACCUUUCUGCUGAACGGGAGGUCACAUUACAGGUAGACGUUAUUCUUGUAUUUAGGCCAAUGACUUUUACAAACGUAGGCCUUCUCACUCCCCCCCGUCUCCCUCUCAUACAUAUAUACACAUUCCUCUGCUGAAACACUCAAUCUCACAUAGCUGUCUUGGAGUUUCUCAUGUAUGUGGCAGCCCAUCACAGAAUCGUAGAAUUGUAAAGUUGGAAGGGUCACAAGGGUCAUCUAGUCCAACCUGCUGCAAAUCCGUGCCUUUUAAUAAUAAACACCACUCUCACUUAACUCAAGAAGGCAAAUAAAUAAAUAAAUAAGAAACCCACCUUGAGUUGCAUAGAGGGUGUGUUAUAGGAUUAAAUAUGAAUCUAUAUAUCUGUGUACACACACACACACACACACACACACACACACACCACACCCUCUACGCAACUCAAGGUGGGUUUCAUAUAUAUAUAUAUAUAUAUACCGGUACACACACACACACACACACACACACAGUCUACUUCCUUGAAAUCAUAGAUACGUUGUUUCUCCAGGAGGCAAAGGAUUUUGCACAAACAAAGAACCUGCAGUACAUGGAAACCUCUGCAAAAUCUAAUUACCAAGUGACAGAACUCUUUGUGUCUCUGGGUAAGUUAAUUUACACAGUUAACAUUUAACAAAAGGUGCUCUCUGUCUCUCAAAAUUUUUGCCUACCCUUCUGAUUUAUGCUCUUAUGCUUCUCUCAAGAUAGAAUACCCAACGUAAAAUCUAUUUCAUUUUCAAGUACUAAUCUUGUUUCGUUGUUGGCAUCCAUAUGUCCCAAGAGACAAGGGAGUGCAUCUUGGGGGAUGUUGUCAAAACUGCUGUGUUAGCAGCACUGAAGUGACCUCCUGGGGCACAAGUUUGGGCCAUGUGCCUAGAGGUCCUGGGCUGCCCAGAUGACAAGACCCCUGUCUUGGCCUCGCUGAUGGGGUCCAAAGGAAAGCAGAGCAAGAUGUUCGGGAGCAACUUGGCUGCAGGAGUUGCCAGAAGGAGGCGUACAAGGCACCAUCCAACCAUCUUAGUGACUCCAGUCUGGAUUUGUGUAGAGUUUACUCUUUAGCUUUUUCUUCUCCUGAAGAUAUCCCACAAGGCAGCAGAGGUUUAAGGUUGGAGUUUUCCUUCUCCUAGAUGGGCUACCUUCCCAGGUUGACAGGUCCCAUCUACCCCUCACUUCCCUCUACAGAUUGUGCAGAAACUACCCUCUUGACCAUUAGACCCUCUCUUGGUCUCGUCCUCUCAAUCCACCAGAGCCUGUCUUCGCAUGCAGGGGAUAGACAAGUCCCUAACUCAAUAAGGGUUUGAGACCUAUUGGUUGCCCUCACCUGGUUUAGCUGUCCUGUUGGAGCCAUUUCCUGGGGUGUGGUCACUGUUGCCUGCUGACAGCUUCUAGGAGCCACAGGUGAGAACUGAGUGCAGGGUGGGAACGUAAUAAAAUGUCAAACAUAAAAAAACUUCCCGAUACAGGGCUGCCUUCAGAUGUCUUCUGAAAGUUGUGUAGUUGAGAAUGGCGUUCAGCCCUGGCUCUUCCAUCCUUGGUUCCUGUUGCUGCUGCCCGCUGGAUGAGGGAAAGACUAAAGGCCUUGAGCCUGUGCUCAGUUUGCUUGCAUGCGAGACAGAUUGCUUCUGAAGGUGAUCUGAGAGCACAACUGUAGAAAUUGUUCCACGUUCUCAUUUUAUCUUAUGUCUGCUUCAGCCAUCAAAGCACAUCACCUGCUUUCUCUUCAACAUAUAAGAGUGGUAAGAAACAAUUGUAGCAGGUGGAGCUGGAGGCUGUAAAAUGACUCUUGCAUAGAUGAGAAAAGCCACUUUCUAUGUCCACACCGUUUAACAUCAUUGCUCCAGAAUAAUAGCCGUGUUUGCAAAACAAUCACACAGUUCGUUUUAGGUGGUUGAGCAGCACGCUGAUGGGCAUGGCUGGAACUGCAGUCACUCCCAUCCUCUCAGGUCCUGCUGCUGCUGCCUUGUUGGGAAAUGCAAUAGUCUGGCCUCUCACGCCAUCCACCGGGUUUGUUUCUCUCCCAAAAGGCCACCUAUGGAAGCCAAGUUUUGUUCUUAACUAUGGUUUACUGUGUCUUGCAAACUGGGCCAAUGAUCUAUUAUUUGGCCAUCAACUCCACAACCAUUCUAGCUGCCUCUUCCAGCCUUUAAAGGGCAGGGGGCAUCUGAAGGCCACUGUUUGACCUUCAAGGGUCAGAGACGUCACAUUACUCUUUCUGAAACCCAGAAACAGGUUCAGGCUCACCAACUGGUGAUGUGGUGGAGGAAACAGCUGCACAUGGACAAUUGUUAUUCCAUGUAAGCAGAUAAGUAAAAACGUGCACUUUUAAUUAAGGCUGUAAAUCUUAUAUUUCACAGGAAAAUAACCAUUUCUCCCUUCCUCACAAAGCUCAUGAAUUGUUAAAACAAGAACAACAGAAAGAGAAGACAUUUCAAUCAACACAGUGGAAGAAAUCACAUGUUGAUCUGCGAGAAACAAGUUUUCCCCAAACGAAAUGCUGCCAAGCAAUCUGA